AUGAAGCAUUUCAAAGUUGCCAUUGGGGCGAUCGCCCUUCUUAUUACCAAAAUUGCCGCCGUUCCCCAGGCUGUCGCUCCCCAGGCUGACACUGCCGCCGCGAAUGCGCUCUGCGGUCCUGGUCUCGGAGGCUGUCAAGGGGGAUGUUGUUCUGAGUUUGGUCACUGCGGUACUACCUCGCCAUACUGCUCAGGAUCACAAUGCCAGCUCGACUAUAGCGACACCUGCGACACACAGAUCGGCCCUCCUGGAGAAAGCACUGAGUACAUCUCUCGGCCUUUCUCUGGCGAUGUCCCAUAUGCGGAGACUAUUACUCAAUGUGACUCCCCGGGUCUUGUUGCAUUGACGUUCGAUGACGGGCCGUACGAGUUCACAAAUCAAUUGCUUGACGUUCUCGACGAAUACAACGUCAAGGCAACAUUCUUUAUAGCCGGAAAAAACAGAGGCAAGGGUCGCAUUGAUGAUGAGUCAACACCAUGGCCAGAUAUUCUGCGACGCAUGCGAAAAGCCGGGCAUCAGCUGGCUAGCCACACGUGGACUCAUCGCAAUCUGAACGGUGUUAGCAUGAAAAUCCAAAGAACGGAAAUGAUUUACAAUGAGAUGGCAUUCCGCAAUAUACUUGGGUUCGUGCCCACAUACAUGCGUCCACCGUUCCUGGAGUGCAGCAUGAGCUCUGGGUGCAUCGAAACGAUGGAAGAUCUUGGAUACCACAUCAUUAGCACCAAUCUGGAUACCAAAGACUAUGAGAACGACGACCCUGUGCUGAUCCAGAAGUCCAAGGACAAAUUCUCCUCUAUGCAGUCCCCUGAUGAGUCGUCCCAUAGCUACAUCGUUCUUGCUCACGACGUACAUUAUCAGACAGUUAUCACACUCACCAAGUACAUGAUAGAGACCUCUAGAUCCCGAGGGUAUAAGCUGGUGACUGUUGGUGAGUGCCUUGGCGAUCCUUCUGAGAACUGGUACCGUUCAGCUCCCACCAAACGCAGCGUGGAAAUGAAUCUAGGGAUGUUCCCGGUAAACAACACCAAAAAGCUUGAUGAUAAGCCAGAACUCAAUGUCUCAACAGACCAGAGAUGUGGCGGCGAAUGGGGUACCACUUGCAAGGGGUCCCUCUUUGGUGACUGUUGCUCAUUCUACGGCUACUGUGGCAGAAGUGAUAAGCAUUGUGGCACAGGCUGUGACCACAACUUUGGAGACUGCCCCCUCCUUGGCGAUACCAAAUUCUCCAUUCAGAAUACAACAAACGGCCUUUGUGGACAUGCAUUUGAAGCUACGUGUCUUCAUUACGGCGAUAAAUCUUGCUGUUCCCAGUAUGGCUAUUGUGGCAACAGUGUCGAUCAUUGCGGUACUGGAUGUCAAGAUGGCUAUGGUCACUGCUAUAUGUGA